CCGAAAAGUCAAACAAGUCCCAAUCAACCGAAAAAACAACGAAGAAAACUCAAACGCGGUUUUUCUGAACUUCCGAGGUCCGUCUCGCUGUAAAAGUCGAUACUUGUUUUCUUGGCUUUUCAGCCCUUCAAUUCCAUUCUCUUGGUUUUUCAGCCCCUUCUUCUUCAAUUCCUUUCUCUUAGCACAGAUUAGCUUUCCUAUAUUAAAACCUAGUAUAAAAAAAAACCUAUUCAUUCCCCGACUAAUCUCAAAAAAUCUCAUCGAUUAAGCGUUUAAUUGAGCUCUUGAAUUUUUUUUUUCUUCUUGAAUCUGCUUAUCAAUGGAUGAUAUGAAGGAUAAGGUUAAAGGGUUCAUGAAGAAAGUGAACAAUCCAUUCUCAUCCUCUUCCUCUGCCAAAUUCAAGGGUCAAGGCAGGGUCUUGGGUUCGUCUUCUUCGGACAAUCCCAAUCCCAAUCCGAUUCUGGGUCGGCCAUCACAGACUGUUGAUUCUAAGACCAGUCAACCACCCUCAAGUGCUUCAGCGAAUUCUAAGCCUUCGCCUCAGAAACCCUUGAAUUCGGAUCAACAUGUGACGAAUAGGUCUGGAAUUCGUAGUAAUUCCGACUCCAAUUGCAAACCAUCUACUGGGUUUGAUCCGUAUGACCCUUUGAUCACUUCUGGGAAAAGAAGUGCAAAUGGGUAUUCUCUGAAUGUGUUUGAAUGCCCGGUUUGUGGCCGUGCUUAUGGGUCUCAAGAAGAGGUCUCUCAUCAUGUUGAUAGUUGUCUCAAUAGUACACAAGCCAAUAAUGUGGCUUUUGGUUCAGAAUCGUCUGAAAAUGAUAGUGUAUCUGAGGGUAGAAAUGAAUUGGAAGCUUGUGUUGGUGCAUAUGUUUCUGGGAAGCCUUUCGAUGGGUCAGUCGAAAUUGUUCUUAAGUUGUUGAGGAAUAUAGUGAAGGAGCCAGAAAAUGCUAAGUUCCGAAGGAUUCGGAUGGGGAAUCCAAAGAUAAGGGAGGCCAUUGGUGAUGUUACAGGAUGUGUGGAGUUGUUGGAGUGUGUUGGAUUUGGACUUGUAGAUGAAGACGGGGAGAUGUGGGCGGCGAUGGAAAUUCCUUCGGAAGAAGGAAUGCUUUUAAUUAAGAAGGCGAUAUCAUUAUUGGAAACUCAGAAGGUUGAAGAAUUGCCUUCUGCAGCUCCAUCUAAGAUAGAUGAACCAGUUGAGCCGAAGAAGGUUGACAGACAGGUACGGGUGUUCUUCUCUGUUUCUGAAAGUGUAGCAGCCAAAAUUGAGCUGCCAGACUCGUUUUAUAAACUCUCACUUGAAGAGGUGAGAAGAGAAGCGGAAAUGAGGAAGAAAAAGAUAGCAGAAUCUCAGCUUUUGAUUCCCAAGUCAUACAAGGAAAAGCAGGCAAAAGCUACAAGGAAGAGAUACAAAAAAACCAUUAUCCGGGUUCAGUUUCCUGAUGGAGUGGUGCUUCAAGCUAUCUUCUCUCCUUGGGAGCCAACUAGUGCACUCUAUGAGUUCGUGAGCUCAGCACUGAAAGAACCUAGUUUGGAGUUUGAGCUAUUGCAUCCUGUAGCCAUUCGACGGCGGGUGAUCCCACAUUUUCCUGCAGCAGGGGAGAGAGCCAUAACACUCGAAGAGGAGGAUUUGGUACCUGCAGCUCUUGUCAAGUUCAGACCUAUUGAAACAGAUUCCAUUCUUUUCACUGGUCUCUGCAACGAACUACUCGAAAUCAGUGAACCGCUUGUCGUUGAUUCAGCUGUUGCUCCAGUAUAAAGCUCCAUUCCGAGUAAAUACCGAGCGAACAUUAUAAUUCUUUCUGGUUGUUGUUAUCAAUAGUCAGUUUCCUGAGGUACUCUUCUUUCAUGUUGUGUACUUGAUAGAGUAAAAUGAGUCUUUCUUCAGUUGCCAUUGUUGUUGAUUGCCAUUGUUGUUGAUCUAUGAAUUGUAUGAUCACAUGGAAUUUCAUAAGUUUUAAUGUGCAUGUGUUUUUCCUUUUACCA